AGUGAUCACUUCACACGAUAUAUCACUUUCACUGCGGCCUAAGAUCUCGCGCGUGGAGUUUUGCACACCAGAGUUUCGUAACCGUUUUUUCGGUUUGAGGAUCAACCAUUAAAAAAAAAUAAAGGAUAAAUUUAUUUUUCUUUAUCAAGAAAAGGGAAAAUGAAGGUGUUGUGUGUGAUUUCCUGCUUGGUUGCCAUUGCCUUUGCGGCUGACACGAAACCCGCUGCUGGUGAAGAAGGAAUUAAAAUUUACAAACGCCUUAUUCCCGCCGAUGUUCUCAGAGAUUUUCCCGGCAUGUGUUUCGCAUCAACAAAAUGCGCCACCAUAGAACGUGGUCAAUCAUGGGAUUUGGCACCUUUCUGUGGACGCUCAACAUGCGUAGUGUCAGACGAUAAGGAACCUAAAUUGCUAGAACUUGUGGAGGAUUGUGGACCACUACCGUUGGCCAAUGACAAAUGUAAAUUGGAUACGGAAAAGACCAACAAGACAGCCCCAUUCCCACACUGCUGUCCCAAAUUCACAUGCGAAGAUGGUGUUAAGUUGGAAUAUCCAGAUUUCAGCAAAGGACAAGAGGAACCCAAAAAUUAAAUUUAACUCCCCCUCCCUUUCUCCUGCCCCUUCGCCCCCUCAAGACACCCUAUGUGGCCCUUGACUCACCCCUCCCCCCUUACUUUUUUUCAGACAAUAAAAAUUGUACACUUCCCCAUUCUAAUUAAAUAAAAAAAAACGUCUAUUUUAUUGUCUA